AUGACUUCAAUCAUGAGUGAUACUAUAUUAACUACAACUCAUACUCAACUCAACAACAAUCAUCUUCAUUAUGAUCACCAUAAAAACAAUUCACCAUUACAAGAGUCAUUCAAUUUACUCAACCUUGAAAGGAAGUCGUUACCGAGUGAUAUCUCAACUACUACCGCCAUACCUGAUAUUCAUAUUGACAUUGAUAUCGACAUUGAUAUAAAUAACAUUGAAUCUCACAUCAACAACUCUCAUCCACCAUCACAACCAUCUCCUCAUCAUCUACCAUUAUCGCCAGCAAUGUCUGAUACUACUAUUGUUAUACAACAAGUCGAUUCUCCCGUUGAUGAAGCUAAUCAUUAUUCCACUACUACUAAUAUUUAUACUACAGAUACAAGCACCGGUGCCGGCACCGGUGAAGGUACCUCCUCAUAUGAAUUCAUCAACAUCUUACGUGAUGCCAAUUUAUCCAAUUUCCUGAGUUUUUACUACUUAACAUCACAAGAUACUUUAGCUAUUGAUAUAACUAAAACUUCUCCAGCUAGUUUCUUACCUAAUGAAUAUGAAACCAUUGCUCAUUUGAAACUAAUUAAAGCAUUUGCUGUACUUAAAAAGAAGGUCCUUAACAACUCUCAAGAUUCUAAUAUCAAUUCAAAUAUCCUUUGGAAAUGUUAUAUAAUUAAUGCUGUUAGAAGAUUCAUUAUAUUUGUUUCUUCAUUAAAGAAAUUCAUGGAAAGAUACGAAACCAACAAUGAUAUUGAUAUAAAUAUAAAUAAGGACCCAGCAUUCUUAUCUGUUAUGACACAAAUAAUCCCACCAUUGGAUGUUCUUUUAGUAUGGCAUAGUUUUUUAACAAAUCCUUCAAGUUUUUACGAUGUUUUUGUUAGAUGUAAUAUGUUACAAUUUGCUAAUUUUGCAUUCCCUUUACACAAGGUUUGUCAAUAUAUUGAUAAUUUUGAUUUUGAAUUCAGAGUUCCUUAUGAAUAUAAGCAUAAUUAUUUAGAGGUUAUCAAAUGUUUUAUACAAGAUGAUGAUAAUAGUAAAGAUUUACAAUAUGAAUUGACUAAAUUUUCUAUGGAUGAUUGUCAAGUUAAUGUUUGUUGCCCUAGUUGCAAUAACGUCUUAUCAGAUCCAAUUCCUUUAUCAGAUGGUUCUAAAGGAUUUGGUGAUUAUGGGUUAAGAAGUAAAAACAUUAGACUUGUUCAAGAUUCAUCAUGUUAUUGUUCAUGGAUAUUUUUAAUUACCCAUUCUGAAUUAAGGAAAUUACAAUUAUAUUCUGAUGUUAAAAAACAAGGUAUCUUACAAGGAACUUUUAAAAUUCCACCAUCUGAAGUAAUAGUUAAAGAUCCGAUUAAAUCAGGUAAGAAAUUCAAAUCAAUAUUUGAUAGAAUUUGGAAUGAAAAUAGAUUCAAGAGUCUUGAUAUAAUUAUAAAUUUACUUCAAAAAGAAUGUGAUAAACAAUCACUUCCUCAUGGUAAAUUACUUCAAAAUUAUACUAAAUUUAAUUUAAUUAGUAUGACUGUUAGCAAUGGUAUUGAAAUUGGUGAUGAUUUAGUUGAUUUUGUAUUAAAACAAGAGCAAUUUAAUAAUAAAAUGAAUAAAUUAAAUUGGAUUCAUUCACCAAAUAUUAAUCAUAUCUUAAAUGAAGCAAAUUCAAGAUAUGCUAAAUUUUUUACCAUUUUAACUAAUCCAAAUUUAAAUAACAAUAACAAAUUAAAACCUACUUUGGAUAUUGAACUAAUGUGGAAAACCCAUAAUUUGAGUGGAUUUGGAUAUUUUAAAGAUUGCUUAACUUCUUCAAGUCAUUAUAUAAUUGAUGAUGAUUCAACAAUAUCAAAUUCGUUAAUGAAUUCAAUUUUAAAUAAUAAUGAUUUAAAUAAAACUGCUGAAAUUUUCAAAAACAUAUAUGAUGAAGAAUAUUUAAUAUGUUAUUGUCAAUCAUGUACUAUUGACAGAGCUUUUAAUUCAAUCAAUCCUGAAUAUCAACCACUUCCGAAUCCUCAUCCUCACACAUAUCAUAUUGAUAAUAAUUCCAAUUCAUCCUCUUAUUUGAAACCCCCACAACAGCAACAACAUCAGCAACAUCAACAAAGACAAAUAAUUCAUGCAAAUUCAUUUGAUGAAAAUAUGUAUUCUAAAAAUUCACAGUAUUCAUGGGAUUUUAAUGACUAUUCAGAUGAUAAUGAUGAUCAAUAUAGUUCAACUUCUGCUCCUGCUGGUAUUUUAACUAAUAAUAGUUUAUUAGAUGAAUCUGAUUUAAUUGAUAUUGGUUUAGGUGGAGAUAAUGAAUUUCUUGAUUAUUUCAGUUAUCCAACUACCACAAACACUAACAAUACCACGACUACCAACGAUACCAAUAUAAAUAAAAUAAAUCUAGAUUCAUCACCUAUUCAAGGUUCUGUAUCUCCAAAUCAAGACGAGUUUAUUGAAUUUAUCCAUUAA